AAAAAAAUAAAAAAAUAACAUUACAUAAUCCUGACAAUAGAAGGAGAAUCAUGCCGUAUUACUAUUCAUGAUUAAUUUGCAAAUGUUUAUUCAUCAUAAAUUACAUCAUAGUUUUUAUUUGUUUAUUAUAAUAUCUAAUGUAAUUUUAUGUGAAUUGGAAUAUAAAAUAAAAAAUCAUUCUAAAUAUGAUAAACAUAUAAACAUACAAAAAACAUUCAAUAAAGUAUUGAAUAAAUGGAUAGAAACUUAUCAAAUAGAUCAAUCUAAAUAUUCAAUAAAUAAACAAUCUAUAGAUAUUACAAUGAAAAGUAAACCAAUUCAAUUCAAUCAAUUCAAGGAACUUAAUCCUAAUGAUGAUGAUGAUGAUGAUGGUGGUGGUGGCGGUGGUGUCGGCGGUGGCGGCGGUGAUGAUGAUGAAUUGAUUCAUGGAAAUCAUCUUCAUGAGAUUAAUUAUUUUAAAGAUAAUCCAAAAUAUGAAAAUAAAAUAGUAUGUAAAAGUAAAUAUACUUGGAGAGAUAUUUCGUUGCCAUGGAAAAUUUUAAUGAAAAAUUUCAAUCCAAAUUGUACUCAUAUUUUGGGUAAUUUAAUUGUAUCAGGGGUAGAUGAAGAUGAUGAUGUAACCUUGUUAGAUAAUAUAGAAGAAAUAUCUGGUUAUUUAAUUAUAUAUGGAGUUGGUCGUAAAGAAUUACGUUUAUCUCGUUUAAAACUAAUUAAAGGUCAUGAAUGGAUAUUAUUUAAAUCAAGAAAAGUUGCAUUACUUGUUAUCAGUAAUUAUAAGCAAGUAGUUGAACAGAAUGAUGAUUAUGCUAAUGAUUCAAUGCGAUCAUCAAAUGUAUCAGCACAAUGGAUUAGAUCUGUGAAUGAUAAUGGGAAACAGAGAUAUAGUCUUAAUCAUUUACAAUCCUUAGAAAUGACAUCAUUUAUAUCUGUUGUACAAUAUGGUAUUUAUUUUUAUGAUAAUCCUGGUUUAUGUUAUACACCAUUUACAUUAAAAUGGGAUGAAAUGAUUGAAAGUUUAGAAUUACAAACAAUUGAUUUAUAUGCAUUACAUUCGAAUGAGAAUAUCACAUUAUGGUAUGAAUAUUGUCAAUGUAAAUAUUUAAAUUUAUGUAACCGUAAUGAAAAUAAUAUAAAUUUAUCAUUAAUCAAUAUCCAAUCAAACUAUAUUUAUAAUGAGUUACUAAGGGAUAUAAAUGAAGGAUCGAAGAAAAGAAAUUUAAAAAAAGAAAUAUUAUUGAUUCAAUUAAUCAAUCAAGAAUUUGAUCAAGAUGAGUUGAACGCAACCAAUAUUACAUCAAAUGUACAUACUACUUAUUCAAUGUCUCAAACUGGAAACAUUGGUAAUGAGCCUAAUCUUUUAAAUUCAAAUCACGGUGAUACAUCGGAAUUUCAAAAUAUUGUACAAAAUGAUAUAUUCAUGCCAAAAAUAGGCACAAAAUUAAAUGAAAUUUAUAUGGAUGAUAAUCAUUUGGCUUCAGAAAUGAUUUAUGAUGAAACAACUGUAGCUCUUAUAGAAACACCAUUUGAUAAUCACACUUCAAAUGAAGUCUUGAAUCAAUCAUAUUUUACAACUGUUAUUUAUGAUACAAACAUGCCAGUUACAACAACCAUAGAAACUAAAACACUUAACAAUAAUAAUUCAGUACUGAAUACUUAUUCUAUAACUGACCUACCUACUCCUCAUGAAAAUAUCACCAGUUCUAUGAUGGUAACAUUAAAUCAAUAUAUCAAUGAAGAUAAUCACACUAAUAAAUUGGAUCUUUCAAAAAGUGAAAAUAAAUCAUUCAUUAAUUAUUCAAUGAAAUAUCCUAGUUUACCUUGUCAUACAGCUUGUCCAUUAAUUCAAGGGAAACGUUAUUGUUGGGGUCCAGGACGAAAUCAAUGUCAAGCAGUUCAUAAAUGUCAAGUUCGUCUAUGUGAAGGAUCGAAUUGGUGUUUUCGUAUAAAAUCUAAUGAAUAUUAUGAAAAAAAUUUAUCUUAUCAUAAAUUUCAAACAAAUUCGAAUUUUCUCACUAUAACAAACGAACAAUGUUGUCAUUCUGAAUGUGCAGCUAGUUGUUAUGGUCCAAGAGCUCGUGAUUGUAAUGCAUGUUUACAUCUAUCAAAUCAUGGUGUUUGUACAGAUUCAUGUCCAGCAUCAAAAAAAUAUAAUAAAUCUACAUUUAGUUGGUAG